AAACCUUGCACUUCUGGCCUGGUGCUGGAGACUUCUGCAACGAGAGGGAGGAAGAAGACGACGACGAGAGAGAGAGAGAGAGAAGAGAAGGGGGGAUUCGCCAUGGACAUCAUCUCGCAGCUACAGGAGCAGCUCAACGAGAUGGCCAUGGUGGCCGUCAACACAUUCGGCACGCUGCAGCGGGACGCGCCGCCCGACCGCCUCUCCAGCAGCUACCCAGACCCGCUGAAUCCCAACCCUAGCGCCCCCGACGACGGCCCCUCGAAGGCCCUGCCACAGGCGCAGCCCGGCGGGCCGCCGCCGGCGCAGGCACAGCCUCCCGCCCCGCCGCAGCCGCCCGCGCUCGACCUCACCGAGCACCCCAAGGCCAUGAGCCACGCCCUGGUCCUCGCCGCCAAGAAGUUUGAUGCUCUUGUCGCGGCAUUGCCGCUAUCAUCAGAAGAGGAUCAGCUGAAAAGAAUCCGAGACCUGCAGGCAGAGAAUGAAGUUGUGGGAUUGGAGCUUCAGAAACAACUUGAAGCUGCUGAACUGGAGCUGAAGCAGGUUGAGGUGUUGUUUAAUGAAGCAACAGACAAUUGUAUAAAUCUGAAGAAGCCAGAUUAGUAACAAAGCAUGUAAGUUUGGAUGGAUUCCUUCAGCAAUAUCUCGGUUUGCUUAGAGCACAUUAUUGUCAUGAACGGAUGAAGGUGGAGACAUGAAUGCCAGUGUAACAUUUCUAGUCUUUGUGUUCUCUAAUGCUCUAUCAGUUAGAUUUGUAAACAUAAAUGUCAGUUCUGUCAAAUUAAUUUGUGUGUGUGAUAUUAUGAAAACACUUGCAUAAAGGAAUUAAAGUUUGUUGCAAUGACGAAUAGUUCAGAAUCAAUUUGAUUUCA